GGGUUGAAAGCUUCAUGCGAAAAAAAAAUAAUUAAGUAAUGGGUUGACCGCACCCAUGGGCUUAAUUUUCCGCCGCACGUCAGAAAUUUCUCAUUUGGUCAACGCCGGCCCGCGGACCCCUGGAACUAGGUAAUUUUUCCUGUGGUUAAGUUCGUGUUCAUACCAACCCCUAUCUCACAUUUUCAACACCUCAGCAAGGGACUAAGAUCUCCAACACCGUGGAUCGAACCAGUAUCCUACGCGAUUCCAGAAACCUCUUCACGAGAAAAUAAAUUCACUGUUCACUUGAAUACACUAGAUGGGAAAUCAAGUUAUUACUUUCACUGAACAACAACUCGAAAAUUACCAGGAUUGCACCUUUUUCACGCGGAAAGAAAUUUUAAGAGUAUUUAAGAGGUUCAGAGACAUGUGCCCGGAUAUUGUGCCAAAACAAAUGACCCACGAUGAGCCAAGAACUAUCGGGAUACCAACUCGCUAUGUGGAACAGCUUCCUGAGCUAAGGGAGAACCCAUUUCGUCGUCGAAUUUGCGAAGUUUUUACAGACGAUGGGAUCCGGGAUCUAACCUUCGAGGACUUCCUGGACAUGCUAUCGGUUUUCAGCGAGCAAGCGCCGAGGAAUAUAAAAGUUUAUUACGCUUUUAAAAUUUACGAUUUUGACGGUGACGACUACAUCGGCGUGCGGGAUUUGGAGGAGGCGACGAAAUUGUUGACGCGAAACGAGCUGAACGCGGAGGAGAUAGCCCAAGUGGCCGAAAAGGUCAUCGAGGAGGCAGACGUGGACGGUGACGGGAAACUGUCCUACAUGGAAUUCGAGCAGGUCAUCCUCCGAGCUCCAGACUUCAUCUCCACUUUCCACAUCCGCAUCUAGAAAAAUCCCUCGUUCCCUUUCGCUCCAUAUACUUUUUACGAACCGGGAAAGAGUCAGACGUCAGGAUUGUGAAACUCAUAGAGUACAUAGAGUCGUAAUGUAAAUGGGAGAGCUGGCGCCAUGUUCUGCUCGACGAAUUCCGAGCCCGG